AUGCAGGGGGCACUGGCCUCAGGUAGGAGAUGCUCAGACUAUGGCAGGUGCACAGGGCCAGGGGGGUGGACAGCGCAGCGGCGCCUGAAACUCUAGACAGGUCAUGCUCCUUCCCCAACAACAGCUCUCUCAUGCCUGGUCCCCCUUGUGCCCCCAGAACCACCUGAUCACGGUUACAGAAUGGACUCUAGCCCGGCGGGCAGCCCCAGUCCUCAGCCCUCAAGGGCCAAUGGGAACGUCAACCUGGGGCCUUCAGCCAACCCAAAUGCCCGGCCCACCGACUUUGACUUCCUGAAAGUCAUUGGCAAAGGGAGCUACGGCAAGGUGCUACUGGCCAAGCGCAAGUCUGACGGGAUGUUCUACGCAGUGAAGGUGCUGCAGAAAAAGUCCAUCUUACAGAAGAAAGAGCAGAACCACAUCAUGGCGGAGCGCAGCGUGCUUCUGAAGAGCGUGCAGCACCCCUUCCUUGUGGGCCUACGCUACUCCUUCCAGACGCCCGAGAAGCUCUACUUUGUGCUCGACUAUGUCAACGGGGGAGAGCUCUUCUUCCACCUGCAGCGGGAGCGCCGGUUCCUGGAGCCCCGGGCCCGGUUCUACGCCGCUGAGGUGGCCAGCGCCAUUGGCUACCUGCACUCCCUCAACAUCAUUUACAGGGACCUGAAACCAGAGAACAUUCUCUUGGACUGCCAGGGACAUGUGGUACUGACGGAUUUUGGCCUCUGCAAGGAGGGUGUAGAGCCCGAGGAGACCACAUCCACGUUCUGUGGCACCCCCGAGUACUUGGCUCCAGAAGUGCUCCGUAAAGAGCCUUAUGACCGGGCGGUGGACUGGUGGUGCUUGGGGGCCGUUCUCUACGAGAUGCUGCAAGGCCUGCCACCCUUCUACAGCCAAGACGUGUCCCAGAUGUAUGAGAAUAUUCUGUACCAGCCGCUACAGAUCCCAGGGGGCCAGACGGUGGCCGCCUGCGACCUCCUGCAAGGCCUUCUCCACAAGGACCAGAGGCAGCGGCUGGGCUCCAAAUCAGACUUUCUUGAGAUAAAGAACCAUGUAUUCUUCAGCCCCAUAAACUGGGAUGACCUGUACCACAAGAGGCUGACUCCACCCUUCAACCCAAAUGUGGCAGGACCUGCUGACUUGAAACACUUUGACCCAGAGUUCACCCAGGAAGUUGUGUCAAAGUCCAUUGGCUGCACUCCCGACACUGUGGCCAGCAGCUCUGGGGCCUCAAGUGCAUUCCUGGGAUUUUCCUAUGCACCAGAGGAUGAUGCCAUCUUGGACUACUAG